AUGAUGUAUCCAAUUUUAAAAUUAAUCGUGAAAGUAAGUGCAAAUCUUCAGGCUAAACUUAAUUUGUUAUCAGCUAUUUCAUUAAUUACUUCAUUGAAUACUACACUUCAAAACUUUCGGUCAGAUGACUCAUUUUUUAACAAUUUAUACAAAGAAACCGUUCAGUCAUGUACUUUGGAAAAUAUAAGUAUUCCAGAAGUCCGUAAAAGAAAAGUCUCAUGUCUGUUGGAUAGUAAAAAUAGCUCAUCUCAAAUAUUUCAUGAAACUAUGGAACAGGAAAUAAAAAUUAACUGUUUUAAUGUAGCACUUGAUAAUAUGAUAAGUGGGCUAAAUGAUAGGUUUAGUCAAGAAACUUUAGGUAUUAUUUCUUCUGUCGGUAAUGUUUUGCAACUUAGUCCAACAGUUGACAAUAUUAAACUACUCAAUAAAGUAUUUACAAUUGACAUGGAUAAACUAGAACAAGAAAUUAAACUUCUUAAAGGAUUUACUGACAUUCCUUAUGGAUCUUCUACAACAAAUAUUGAUCAAUGGUUAGAUUGGUUAAAGCAGUUAGAUCGAAAAAACCAUUUUUCACAUUUUUAUGAUGUUUUAAUGAAAUUUUUGGUCAUUCCAGUCACGUCAUGUUCUUGUGAAAGGUCAUUUUCUAAACUCUCUAUUGUCAAGUCAAAACUUCGCAAUACUAUGACACAAAAUAGACUUGAAGCGUUAUUACUGAUGUUUGUCGAGCAAGAACUAUUAUCAGAACUUGACUAUGAUAAUAUAAUUGAUGAGUUCAAAAAUAUCAUUCCUCACAACAGACGUUUGAUAUUGUAA